CGCUCCUCCACAGCUUCCGCGGCUCCCCACUACGAAAAAACUCUUCCCGCCGGCGCCUCCUCGCCCGCGCCCAGUCCUCCCAUAAACUCCGCGCACCCGCCAUUCGCCUUCCCACGAUCUCCAUUAGCUUGCUCUUCCUCCCCCUGACCCCUGAGAUGGCGAUGCAGCCGCGACACUCCACGUCCUUGGUCGGCGGCCUCCAGGGCCUGGAGCUCAGCGGCGGUAUGGAUUCCUCCAGCGCCUCGGCGGCGCGGCUUCCCUGCCUAUCCGAACUCUCCUCCGACUCCGGCGACGGCGGCAGCGGGAUUGUCUCCGUCGAGCACUCCGGCGACCCCGCCAUCCCUUCCGCCGUCUCCUGCAGCAAGGCCCCGCAAGUUUCUCGCCUUCUGGCGGUAGCCGACGAGGACGGUUCAGUUAUCCUCCACGAUACCAGGCGGCGCCUCCCAUCGUCCCUAGAGAAGCCAGCUGACGACAAUGCAGUCUUUGAAGCGCACAGUCCCAGACGAGGAAGGCAGACAAGGUCUCGAGCAAAGCGUGCACGCUCCCUUUCCUCUCCUGGACGGUUCGACUCGGCGCCGCGCACGCGCCCUCGGGUGGAGGAGGCGCGCAUCAGCAAGGCUGACACGGCGUCCACACUGCCUGAUGAUUUGCUGUUCGAGGUCUUCAAGCGGCUUCCGCCACCGGCGACAAUCUUCCGUUGUGCGGCGGUGUGCCGGCGCUGGCGUCGUGUCGUCUCCGGUGCCGGUGCCUGCUGCCUACCUGCUCCACCUCGACACUUUGGCUUCUUCCGCAACUACGGCCCGUCCCCGCUGUCGCCGUUCGUCCCCAUGGCUGGCAUCGACCUCGACCUCAGUUUCCUUCCCGUGUCGCCCUCGUGUGGUGCUAUCCUCGUCGACUGUCGCGGUCACCGCCUCCUCCUGCGCGAGCUCGGCGCUGGGUCCGCGACCGAGCUCAGGCUCCUUGUCUGCAACCCAUUGGGGAAGACGUUCGCACGGCUGCCACCUCUACCCGUGGGCAGGCAUAGGGUCUCCUGCUACGCCGUCAUUCCAAGCGAAGGCGAUGCGUUUCGCGUCGUCAUUGUGCUCUUCGGUGCUGCCUCGCCCAACUUCUAUGUUUUGGUAUAUUCUUCUGCUUCCUCAGCCUGGGAGGUUGCCACCGGGCCGCUGAAACAGCCAUUGAUCCCCCAUCAAGGCCCAUCCGUCGUCAUUGGAGAUGUUGUGUAUAGGCUGCAGUGUGAGGACAAGUAUAUCAUGGCUGUGAACACGACGAAGAUGUCGCUGUCUGCGCUGCCGCUUCCCAACGCCGGGAUGCUCCUGUAUGCCGGCAACAACUGGAUCGGCAAGACGGAGGACGACCGUCUAUGCUUCUUUGUGAUCCGGGAGCCACUAGUGUUGGUGAAAUGGGUUCUUGAAGCGCCUGGGAAGUGGGUACAGCAGGAGCCGUUGGCACUGUGGCCUCUGCUGAACCCGGCCACGGUCGGUGAUCUCCAUGGCAUGAAGCUCUCGGCAAAGAUUGCUGAUCAGCUCAAUGGUUGCAAGCUUGUGAGCUUUGGUGGGUUCUGUGCGGGCAGUGGGACGCUGUUCUUCAUCAUGGCUGACUGGGUGGUUGCACUCGAUCUCAAGACCUUGAAGAUGGAGAAGUUGUGGAGCAAUACUGAUGAGUCUCGUCCCCUUGGUGAUGUAUUCCCGUAUGAAAUGGUGGCGUGGCCGCCAGCGAUCAAGGAUUCUGCCAAGGCUCUGUUGCUUGAUGAAGCAUAGUGUAUGUGUUGCCACUCACUGCAUUCCUGUGUAUUUGUACUUUCAAUUUCUCCAUGAAUUGUAUUUGUUAAUGCAAAGACGUUCUGAUCUGUUUUGGGUUCAAUUAGUGUUGAACAAAAUGAUUCAUGUGUAUAUGUUUUUAUGAUA